AUGGUCCCGGGACACAGGCUGGUCAUCACUAUGUCCAGGAGAUCAAGACAGCCUUGGGCCACGCUGCGGGUGCUCUUCUUCCUGGGCGUCCUCACGGGCCUGGCCUGGCCCUUGCCGCUUGGCACCAGUGCCAACGGCACACAGCUGGGCUCUCGGGGGGGCUGGAGUGCCCUGCUGUCCAGGUCCCGCGUGGGGCUGGCCGGGGAGCUGGCCAGCGUGAACUGGGAGAGUGGCUAUUUAGUGGGACUCAAGCGACAGAGGAGGCUUUACUGCAACGUGGGCAUCGGCUACCACCUGCAGGUGGCCCAGGAUGGCCGGAUCAGUGGGACCCAUGAGGAGAACCCCUACAGCCUGCUGGAGAUUUCCACAGUGGAGCGAGGCGUGGUGAGUCUCUUCGGAGAAAGCGCCCUCUUCGUGGCCAUGAGCAGUAGAGGAAGGUUGUAUAGCACGCCCAGCUUCCAAGAGGAAUGCAAGUUCCGAGAAACCCUCCUGCCCAACAACUACAACGCAUACGAGUCCGACCCACAUCAAGGGGCAUACAUCGCAUUGAGCAAAUAUGGACGCGUCAAGCGGGGAAGCAAAGUGUCAGCAGCCAUGACGGCCACUCACUUCCUCCCCAGGAUAUAA